UGCCAGGUGUUGGACAUGGAGGAGCUGACCAUCUGGGAACAGCACACGGCUACCGUCUGCAAGGACCCCCGCCGGGGCUUUGGCAUUGCAAUCUCUGGUGGUCGUGACCGGCCCGGUGGAUCCGUGUUUGUGUCCGAUGUGGUGCCUGGAGGGCCGGCUGAGGGCAGGCUGCAGAUAGGGGACCAGAUUGUCAUGGUGAACGGGGUGUCCAUGGAGAAUGUCAACUCCACCUUUGCCAUUCAGAUACUCAAGACCUGCACCAAGCUGGCCAACAUUACCGUGAAGCGUCCCCGGAAAAUGCAGCUGCCCAGCACCAAGGCCAGCCCCGGCGGCCCGGGACACCGGGACUCCGAUGAAGAUGCUCCCUGGCGGCUCGAGGACGCAAACCACGGCCGGGGCUACGAGGGCGACACGUCCAGCGGCUCCGGCCGCUCCUUGGGAGAGCGCUCCCACCGGCCCCGGGCAGGCCGCCGGAGCCGGGCCGGCAACCACAGGAGCAGGAGCCCGGGCGGGGGCUCCGAGGUCAAAGGGCUGGCCCUGACGUCCGGCUUCAAGAGGCUGCCCCGGCAGGACGUGCAGAUGCGGCCAGUGAAGUCCGUGCUGGUGCGGAGGAGGGAGAGUGAAGAGUUUGGGGUCAAACUGGGAAGUCAGAUCUUCAUCAAGCACAUUACAGAUUCGGGCCUGGCCGCCCAGAACCGGGGGCUGCAGGAAGGAGACCUGGUCCUACAGAUCAAUGGGGUGUCCAGCGAGAAUCUGUCGCUGAGCGACACCCGGCAGCUCAUCGAGAAAUCAGAAGGGAAGCUGACCCUGCUGGUGCUCAGGGACCGAGAGCAGUUUUUGGUGAACAUCCCGCCGGCUGUCAGUGACAGCGACAGCUCCCUCCUGGACGACAUCUCAGACCUCUGCUCAGAACUGUCUCAGGCGCCACCAUCCCAUGUCCCACCACCACCCCAGCACAGGCAGCGGAGUCCUGACACCAACCGAACCAGUUCCCCUGUGGAGAGCCCCCAGCUUUGGCGGAGAAGUUCUGUGGAUUCCAGAACCACGUUGGAACCAGAUACCCCCAGGCAAAGCAGCUAUGACAUCUACAGGGUGCCCAGCAGCCAGAGCAUGGAGGACCGCGGGUACAGCCCCGACUCACGGGUGGUCCGCUUCUACAAGGGCACCAGCAUUGGGCUGCGGCUGGCUGGAGGCAAUGACGUGGGCAUCUUCGUGUCCGGGGUACAGGAGGGCAGCCCGGCUGAGGGACAGGGCAUCCAGGAAGGAGACCAGAUUCUGCAGGUGAAUGACGUGCCCUUCCAGAACCUGACUCGGGAGGAGGCUGUGCAGGUCCUGCUGGGGCUGCCACUGGGCGAAGAGGUAGAGCUGGUGACGCAGCGGAAGCAGGACAUCUUCCGGAAGAUGGUGCAAUCCCGUGUGGGCGACUCCUUCUACGUCCGCACACACUUUGAGCUGGAGCCCAGCCCGCCCUAUGGCCUGGGCUUUACCCGUGGCGACGUCUUCCACGUGCUGGACACGCUGUAUUCCGGCCCCGGGCAGAGCCACGCCCGUGGAGGCCAGUGGCUGGCGGUGCGCAUGGGUCGUGACCUCCGGGAGCAGGAGCGCGGCAUCAUUCCCAACCAGAAGAGGGCAGAGCAGCUGGCCAGUCUGGAGGCCGCCCAGCGGGCCGUGGGGCCUGGGCCUGGCGCCUCGGCGGGCUCUGGUGGACGGGCUGAGUUCUGGCGACUACGGGGUUUUCGUCGGGGAGCCAAGAAGACCAUCCAUCGGAGCCGUGAGGACCUGUCGGAUCUGACCAGGCAGGGUCACUACCCACCAUAUGAACGUGUGGUGCUUCGAGAAGCCAAUUUCAAGCGCCCCGUGGUGAUCCUGGGACCCGUGGCAGACAUUGCUAUGCAGAAGUUGACUGCUGAGAUGCCUGACCAGUUUGAAAUCGCAGAGAGCGUGCUGAGGACUGACAGGCCAUCUAAGAUCAUCAAACUGGACACCGUGCGGGUGAUCGCGGAGAAAGACAAGCACGCACUCCUCGAUGUGACCCCCUCAGCAGUGGAGCGCCUCAACUACGUGCAGUACUACCCCAUUGUGGUCUUCUGUGCCCCCGAGAGCCGCACGGCCCUCAAGGCUCUGCGCCAAUGGUUGGCGCCAGCCUCCCGCCGCAGCACCCGCCGCCUCUACGCUCAAGCCCAGAAGCUGUGGAAGCACAGCGACCACCUCUUCACAGCCACCAUUCACCUGCAAGGCACAAGCGACAGCUGGUACCAGGAGCUCAAGGCCAUUAUCCGGGAGCAGCAGAUGCGGCCCAUCUGGACAGCCGAGGACCAGCUAGAUGGCUCCCUGGAGGACAAUCUGGACCUCCCGCACCGUGGCCUGAACGACAGCUCCGCGGAUCUGAGCUGUGACAGCCGGGUCAACAGUGACUACGAGACGGAUGGCGAGGGCCACACGGAUGGCGAGGGCUACACGGACGGCGAGGGUGGGCCCCACACAGACGUGGACGAGGGGCUCCCAGCACCAGCCCUGGUCCGGUCCUCGGAGCCUGUGCUCGCGGAAAAACCCCAGAGCCUGCGGGAUCAUGGGAGAUCCUCAGGCCACCGAGGGGCCCAGGUGGACAGCUACCACCCACAGGGUCAGUGGCGACAGGAAAGCAUUCGGACAUAUGCGCGGGAAGCUGUGAGGAAGAAGUUUACACAAGCCCGUGAUGUGGAGUCUUCCGAUGAAGAUGGCUAUGACUGGGGCCCAGCCACCGACGUAUGACCCCCUCCUAGGUGGCAGCUGGCCAUCCUCCCUUUUCCUCUCAGGAGCUUGGACUCAGUUUCCCAUACAGAACCUCAAACCCUGCUCCUCCCACCUGGUCUUUAAUAAAUAUUUUCACAGC